UGCUAGCGGCCAGUUAAACAAAAUACAAAUAUUAUAUUAACACUUUUUUGUUAUCGAAGUCUAUUUGAAAUUUAAUGUAUUUUUUUAACUUGAAUUACUUUAAGUUUUGAAUUCAAUAUGAAUGAAUCAAUAGAUUACAAGAAAUUUAUCAAAGUUAAAUAUAACUGGCAGUCCAAUGUUGAUGGAAUGGACAUCGAAAAUAUUGUAGUAGCCCGUCUUCAACAAUUCGAAGACAAAACCGCUGAAAUGUAAUCAUUUUAAACAUUUUUAUAAAAAUUUGAAUAAUGAAUUUCUACCUACCUUUUAUUAUUAAUUUGUUUUGUUGUAGUGACUUUUUAAGUUUAAUAGAAGGAUCGGAUUGUGUGAAUUUUACAAAACCCCUAGACCAAAACAACUUAUUCAUAAAUAUUAAUUGUGAUCCAAAAUAUUUAAUUAGUAAAAUUAUUUUGAGUUCUGAGGUAAAUUUGUAUACUUUAUUAGGUAUUUAUUGUAAAUUUACUAAACAAAUUAUAUAUUUAAUUUUAAUCAUUUUCAGGCCAAAAUCAUAGAAUUAUUUGGUAAGACUGGAGAAUAUAUCUCAACACAUCUUAUGUUAUCCUCAAAUGAUAUUAACGAAUUUCCAAUCAACUCUCAUUCAAUUAAAGUUAAUAGUACAGAAUGCAGUUUAAAAUUUGAACAGUUAAAGUAUCCUGAUUUUAUUUGGAUUUAUGGCAUAAUUAUUUAUUUAAUAGAGACAAAAGAACAUUCUAAUAAAUCUUUAGGUCCUAUUAAUAUGCAGAACGUUCAAAAUUUAUUGAAUCCAGAUUUAUUAGUUACAAACGCUUCAAAGUUAUUAACUGCAUUAAGUCUAAAAAAAUCAAAAUCUGACAGUGAUGAUUUUUUAAACUCUAUUUUGAAUAAGUUUGAAAACGCUAAAUUGUCAAAUAGUGAAAAUGAUAAAUUAUUGAAUAGUUUUAAACAAUUUGAAACAAGAGUAGAAGACAAGUUUAACAAUAUGGCACUUCAAAUUAAUACUAUUGGGAAGAAUAUUGAAAUGUUAAAUUCAAAAUUUGAUACAUUAUUAAAUAUACUUCAUGAAAAAAAGAUAUUGUAAAAUUACAUAUAUAUUUUGUUAAUUUUUAAUAUACCCGAUUAUAUUAUAAUAUAAUAGUUUAAUUAAUUAUUAUUUAAUAUUCAUAUUAAUAAUCAAUUAUAAUGUUUAUUUUUGAAUAAUUAUUUAUAACUUUUUAUAGUGUUAGAUAGGCUAUUAAGAACUUUUACAUGUUUCUUCUGAAUUCUAGUUAUCUAAAUCUAUGGCAUUUUCUAUUUCCAAAAACUCACUAAUGUCCUUGAACACUUGGUUUGUGUAUGUUAAUUAUAUUUAUAUAGGUUUUAGCGUUAUUAAGAAAUAAAUCAAACAUAUAAAUGUACCUAACUUUAAAUAUAAUAGAUAGAACCUAUAUAAUUUGGAGAUCUAUACUCAUUUGAUUUAUACAAAUAUACAUAAGUGAUGACCACAGAGAAAACAUACAAUUUUUAGAAUAACAACAAUGAUACUACUUAGGC